CCCGUCAUUCGCAGUCAUGCCUCCGACCGCGCUGCUCGUCCUGCUGCUGCUGGCGCCGGCGUCGCUGGCGCAGCGCGAGCCGCAGAUGGCGCCGGGCCGCAACGCCAUCGUGCACUUGUUCGAGUGGAAGUGGAACGACAUCGCCGACGAGUGCGAGAACUUCUUGGCGCCCAAAGGCUACGGCGCGGUCCAGGUGUCGCCCGUGACGGAGAACGUGAUAGUGUACCAGAACGGGCAGCGGCCGUGGUACGAGCGCUACCAGCCCAUCUCGUACGGGCUCAACACGCGGUCCGGCACCGAGGAGGAGUUCCGGCGGAUGGUGCGGCGGUGCAACAACGUCGGUGUGCGGACGUACGUGGACAUCGUGCUGAACCACAUGACCGGCGACCACGACUCCGCCGUGGGCACUGGCGGCGCCACGGCCGAGACCCACAACAAGGACUACCCUGCGGUACCCUACCACAUGAGCCACUUCCACCCCACCUGCUCGCUCGACAAUUACCAGGACCCCAACCAGGUCAGAAACUGCGAGGUGGUUGGUCUCAAAGACUUGGACCAGUCGCAGCAGGAGGUGCGUGACCGGCAAGUGGAGCUGCUGGACCGACUCGUGACGAUGGGGGUGGCUGGCUUCCGUGUCGACGCUGCCAAGCACAUGUGGCCUGAGGACCUGAAGGCCAUCUUCGGGCGCGUCAGGAAUUUGAAUGAAGCUCACGGCUUCGCGCCAAAUUCACGAGCCUUCGUCUAUCAAGAGGUUAUCGAUUUGGGUAACGAGCCAGUCUCGUACAAGGAAUACCUCGACAGCGGGCGCGUCCUGGAUUUCCGCUACAGUGCUGAGAUCGGACGCGUUUUCGGAGGAAACGAUCAACUUCGUUGGCUGGUCAAUUGGGGCCCAGCCUGGAACUUCCCCGACGGCAUGGAGUCGGUCGUGUUCGUCGACAACCACGACAACCAGCGUGGCCACGGCGCAGGGGGCAGUAACAUCCUCACCUACAAGAACUCCAAGAAGUACAAGAUGGCCGUCGGCUUCAUGCUGGCCCACCCGCACUCGCUGAAGCGCGUCAUGUCUUCGUUCGCGUUCGACGACAAGGACCAGGGGCCCCCGGCCAAGUCCAACGGGGAGCUCGUCAGCCCCACCGUGAACGCGGACGACUCGUGCGGCGCGGGCUGGAUCUGCGAACACCGCUGGAGGCAGAUCUACAACAUGGUCGGCUUCGGCAACGUGGUGGCAAUGACCCCGCUGACCAACUGGUGGGACAACGGCAGCAACCAGAUCGCGUUCUGCCGCGGCACCAAGGGCUUCGUGGCCUUCAACAACGACGGCUACGACCUGGACCAGUCCCUGCAGACCUGCCUGCCCGCGGGCACGUACUGUGACGUCAUCUCGGGGAACCUGAAGGGCGGCCGCUGCCUGGGCAAGGCAGUGCAGGUGCAGGCCGACGGCACGGCCAGGAUCGUCAUCCGCAGCAGCGAGGAGGACGGGCUGCUCGCCAUCCACGUCGACGCGAAGCUGCCCAGUGCAGCACCAGGAGCUUAAGGAAAUGUCUGUGAUACCGGUGGCUGUCGCUAUGGAGAUAUAGUUCUUCAUCUUCUGAAUAAUGCGGUCGUAGAGGACACUGCGGCCGUCUGUUGCUGUGAGGAAAUCGAAGUGGCUGAAGUGCUUCAGAGGAACGAGGUAGCUGUCUUCUAGGACCGGGAGGGCCCGCUCCAAGCGGACCAUAUCCUUGGAAAGCAAUACUCGAAUUAGGCAUGUAUCUUUAAACAUCUCAACAAUUUUUUUCAUGUACACGGGUGAAACUAAAGCGCAGUAUUACCCUCUG